GCUGUGUGGAGGAGCGGCGGCGGGGAGCGGGCGGUGCGAGGGCUCAGCGUGCGCAGGAACUGCAAAGGUUGAGGGGAGGAAAACCGGGACGGAGCCCUCGCUGCUGCUGCUGGGACGUGGAGCAAAGUGCAGCAGCGGCUGCGGAUUGAUUGUUCGAGUGACACGCGCCAGAGGUUCGCCUGAGGGCAGGCAGGGCAAACGCGGAGCGCGUUCCCCUCGUCAAACAGAAGAAGAGACCAAAAAAAAAAAAAAAAAAAAAGCAGGGCGCCCGGAUCCAGCUGCUUCUCCCAUUCCCUCGUUGCAGGGAGCCGCAGCUGCAACAUGACUCUGGAAGAGCUGGCUGGGGACCACCAGGCUUUGGGAAGCAUGGAGAAGGUAGGAGAUGCGCUGGAAGAAGUCCUAAGCAAAGCCUUGAGUCAGAGAAGCAUCACCAUUGGGGUGUAUGAGGCUGCCAAACUGCUCAACGUGGAUCCGGAUAACGUGGUGCUUUGUCUGUUAGCUGCAGAUGAGGAAGACAAGCAGGAUGUUGCUUUACAAAUUCAUUUCACCCUGAUUCAAGCUUUCUGCUGUGAGAAUGACAUCAACAUACUUCGAGUCAGCAACCCAAGCCGGCUAGCUGAGCUGCUGCUCCUAGGGGCAAGCGGAGGGGGUGACCAGCCUGCAGACCUGCACUGUGUGCUUGUAACAAAUCCACAUGCUUCCCAGUGGAAGGAUCCAGCCCUGAGUCAGCUGAUCUGCUUCUGCCGGGAAAGCCGCUACAUGGAUCAGUGGGUCCCAGUGAUUAACCUUCCUGAACGGUGACGACACAUGGAUGAAGCUGAACUGAACAACAAAAAAUGCACUGAAGUUUCAAAACACUUUAGUAGUUUGCUCAGGAAGUAAAACUUUCCCAGCCUGGCACAAGGAUUACAGUAACUGAUGUCAAGUGGGUAGUUGAGCUACACGUUGCGUGAAAGGGAAGAGCUUUUGAUUUUGCUGUGGGAAAAUGGACCUGAAAGCAGAAGCUGUGUUGAAAGAGCAAGAGGAAGUCGGACCUCUGCAAGAGGAUUCUGAAAGCAGCAUGGCAGAGAUCCUUCAGAACACACCAGAGGUGCUUUGUUGGAGUUAUAAAAGAGCAACUUUUAGUUUGGUUUUAAAUACUUUUCACUUUUAAAAACUAAAAGGGUUAAUAAUUCUUAAAUUCUUAAUUUGUUUCAACAUGCUGAGUUAUGUUUUUAUUCUAAGAAAUACUAAGUUAUUUUAUGAUGCUGGUGAAAAAAAUAUUUAUGCUAGGGAUUUUCAAGAGCAUCCUGCUUGCACCACUUCUAUUUAAAAAUGUUUGAACAGCUACCUUUUAGUAAAUUGUUUGAAACGACUGUGUUCACUGAAAUAAAAAUUUAAAACACAAA